AUGAAUCCCAGCCCCGACCGUGGCAAAGAGUGCCUCCCUCCCAAAAAGAGGGAGUCUCGGCAAGGAUCGGCAGAAUACCACGUCACUUUGGACGAGUUUAAACCCCCUGUACCGCUCCGAAGUCGGUCCAGCACAGGGAGAGGCGAAGGAGUCAGGGAGGGCAGUGACAGGGACCGAGUUCUGACUAACCAGAACCUCCAUCUCCUCCACACUCCUCCACCCCUUCCUGCUCCCGCACCAUGCCUCCCCCUGUCCCUGCCAUGGCACCUGAGCUACUCUCCCUCUGUCUCUCUUCCCCUUUUCCCAGGGCAGGUCAGCGAGAGGAGGGGGUCAGGGUCUCCCGCCUGGAGAGAUGAUCCUCUCUCCUCACCCCUGCCCAACACCUCAAGCUGGCUUAGAGGAGAGUGUUCCCUCUCCUUGCCACCUUCCCCCUCUUCCUCCUCCGCUUCCUCCUUUAAAACUCCCUUCCCAGCCGAUUCUAGAGAGAUGUGGUCCUACGUCAACAGUGGCCGACGGGACUACAGCUCCUCUCUCUUCUCUCCGUCGUACUUAUUUAGCCACCACUCUCUCUACCCCCAAGACCCAAGCUUAGUUGAAGCCAGACACAGGUACCUGGGCAAGAAGCCCAAUGGCCUGGAUGGGCCAGGCAGCAGGACUGUCUCAACCUCCAGGCCUCUGCUCACAGGAGAAUAUGGGAACGAUAGCAGCAGAACCAGGCUGGACAUCAGUCCACACAGCUCCCAUACCAACGGUGGACGGAGACAGCAGGAGGAACUAACAUCCCAUGUCCAUUCUGGAGGGCCAUUUUUGUCAGACUCUCAAGCUCAGGAGGGCCCUGAGACACAUUCCUCACUGCAGGACAGACAUCUGCAUGGGAUAGUUAAGACCGGCUCAAAUUUACUCUCCACCAGUCUCCAUCCCCUCGGACCAGACCCCAGGGCAGGUAGAGGAGGGCUACUGGAUCCCAUAGGGGCCACACCAGCUGAGGCCCAGAUCUACUAUUCCUUGGGAUCGGUAUGCCACCCCAGCCCUCAGCCCUACCCACACUAUAGCCCCUCAGGAACACCUCUGUACAACCUGCACAGGGAGUCAGGCCUCAGGCAGCACAAUCUAAGGAACUCACCUCACUCUCCCCUGGGUCUGCCAAACAGCCAUGACAGGUCACAAAGAGACCAGGAAAGAGACCAAGAAAGAGACAGAGAAAAAGUGCUACAUAGGGACAGGGAGCGCGGUAAAGACAAAGACAAAGAGAAGCAUCUACAACAUGACAAAGUCCAAGAAAGAGACAGUGAGCGUGGGAGACGACGGUACAGAGAAAGGGACAAAGGGAGAGAGUUAUCUCCUUGCCAUCUUCACACCUCACCACCGGCCCUUCACCCAUCUCCCCCUGCGCUCCUACCUCACUUCACCAAGGGUUCUCUGAUUGAGCUGGCCAGUGGUCGGUUGAAGCGGGUGGAGGAGCUGCGGACCGAGGACUUCCUGAGGAGUGCCGAUACUUCUUCAGAGUUCCACCUCAGCACCUGCACUGUGCUGCUGAUUUCCCCCAGCAGUACACAGGGCUUCAGCCACCUGCAGGUCCACCUCACAGACCGCAACACUCAGGAGUUACUGAGGGUCUUGGUGGAGUAUCCGUUCUUUGUGCAGGACCGAGGCUGGUCUUCUUGCUGUCCCCAGAGAACGACACAGCUGUAUGGCUUGCCCUGCCGCCAGCUCAUGGAAGGGGAUGUCUGCCUGGCUCUCACCCCCACACCCACCCAGACCCACCGGUCACACACGCGUACCAACUCCAGAGCCCAUCGCAUGCAACUCCCCUCCAGGGCUACAGGAGAGUCCUGUAGCUCAACCAGGGAGGAGAUGCCACCUCCACCUCCUCCUCCCCCCCUUCCUCACCACCCACCUCCUACUGCGCCAGCCCCUCCACAUGCUCUGGUUGCAGAGCCUCCUGCUCAGGAGCAGCCACGUCCACGCAAACGGCGCUGGUCUGCGCCAGACACCCUUCCCUCAACCGGAACUGAUGAAAGCCUCUUGGAUUUACCUCAUGGCUCCAAGCUAAUGAAGUGGGAGUAGAAACUUGCACAUGCAUACAUAUACAUGCAUACUUACACACACACAUAAGCACAUACACACCCUCCUUGUCUCUGUUGCACCCACCAAGACAAAAAAUGGAGAGACCUCAAGGCAGGGUUGCAGGGAAGGAAUAAAAAAAAAACAAUAGAAAACACAAUUUACGGGUGUCCACACUGCAGGAGCAGCAGCUGAAGGAUCUCUGGAUGGCUCCUUAGAGACAAACUGAAGACAUUUAGUGAGACAAUCAAGCACUUGUCUGUGUUCACUCUGUUUUUGUAAUGGUUGUCCCAUACACCUACUUACUGACAGUGUUUUCUGCAGGGUAUCAACUUUCAAUCAGUGUUAUGAAAGUAAAUGCUAUUGAAGAAGUGCAGAUAUAUAUGAACAAAAAUUGACUAUAUAUAUUACAGAUGUUAUAUACAGUAAAUAUGCUAAACAGAUUUAAUGCAAUCUCUAUCAAAUUCGCAAUGCAUUUUUUUUUUUUUUCGUUUGUUUGUUUUUUGUCAUUUUCUUGCUUCUGAGCCGAUGUCGAUGUGUCGGCCUGGGCAGGCAAGGUGAAUGUAUGAGCAACUCGUCGCCUUUUUUAUUCUCAUCACUGGGAGUCAUUUCAAACAAUUGUUCGUCAAGGCAUUACUCUCCAAUAUGUUCUUAACAUUAUCUCUGAGAAAGGGAGAACACUAAUGAAAAUUGUGCAACAGACAAUCCCACCCACACAGACAGGUCUGUGCCACAUCACCUCGACACUCAUGGUGUUUUUCCAUUAAAAAACUGAAUGAUGGAAAGAGUGAAAAGUGCAGUAUGGCUGAAGAGUAAUGGUGCUAAUAACACGUUGGAACAUGAUGCUUUGUGAAUACUCUUGACCCCUGUGUACUGUGCGCUUCUGUUCCCAUCUCAUAUUUUACGUACUGUACAUGUUUUAGGGCAGGGAAAAUAAUGAAAGUAUUUUAAACUCAGAUACG